CUGAAGGCAGGCGGCGGAGCAGAACUCAGAGCGGGCCAGCACAGACAGCAGUCCACAGGCUCCAGUCAUCCAGUCAGGACAGUGUGAGGUCUGUGCAGUCUGCAGUCACAGUGGCAGCGCGACACUGAAAGCCCAUCAUCGCCUCGGUCAAUGAGUGGAGGCAGACAGCGAGCCCGGGCUGAAGUGACCGAUAGGAGCGCGUUCUUCUUCGUGCGUGCAGUCGCUGUUCGGCGGAGCUCUCAGUGCUUCAGUCCUCCGGAGGAAUAGUGUUGAUCUCAAGGACGUUCACUAUACUAAAAGCUCGAAAAACGCAAACCUGGGAAACGGUUGAGAAUGAACGCGAUCAGAGAUUAUUUCCCUCUCCUGCUUGUUUGUGUGGCGGCGGUGACGGACGUUGGCGCUAAAGCGUCCGCCUCUGAGGAUGGUCGAUCUAUCACUCCUGGGGGGACUUCAGAAAGCGGGGCCAGCUUGUACUCCACCACCCAAGACACGGGCAGGAGGCUCCCCAUUGUCACCACCCCCUUUCCUGUCAACGUCCCCAACCACCACCCAUUCUACAGGAAUCCCCCCCAACACUCUCAGCCAAAGUACUUUGAAGACAGCAGGUUAUCCAGCUCUCAUUCCAGCUUCCCCACCCUACCAUCGGGGGCUCCGCCGGAUAAUAACGGAGAUAAAAAGGCUUCGGAUGAGUUCAUUGGAAGCUCCUACAUGCAAACAACCCUUGUAAUGCAUGAAUUAGCAGUCACUCAUCACUCCCACAACCCUGUUCCAGUCACCAGCCAGGUUUUAAAAGAUCAGGCUGCCAACAUCGCCUCUGCUGCCAGAGACGAAGAUGAGGUGAGGUCAGAAGAGCCUGAGCUGAAUGUGAAGCCCAGCAGCGAUGAAGAGGAGACGACCACCACCACCAUAACCACCACAACCAUCAUAACCACCAUGCAGAGUCCAGUUCCCUGCCAGAUGAACCUGACCGGGCCAGACGGAUACAUAAAAGCUCCUCCACAGUCCAGCUCUGCUUUUCAAUCCACUAUGGACUGCAGCUACGUCAUCACUGUCUAUAUGGGCUAUGGAGUGGAGGUACAGGUGAUGAACGUGAAUCUAUCUGAGGGAGACAAGGUGGUGUUUGAAGAUGUGGGCCAGGGGGAGAACUCCAUGCUGGCCAAUGAGUCCAUCCUGAUGAGGGGGUUGGUAAUAAGAAGCCACAGCAAUCAGAUCUCUAUCCGCUUCCACAGCCAGAUGCCUCAGGUCGGAUCAGCGCUGCUCAGAUACCAAGCCUUCGUCCUGAGCUGUGUGUUCCCCCGGCGGCCCUUCUACGGGGAUGUGUCGGUGAGCAGCCUCCACUCUGGGGGAGAGGCCUUCUUCUUCUGUCUGAGCGGGUACCAGCUGCAGGGCCCCGCUGUGCUCACCUGCCGCAACGCAAGCACCCCCUACUGGAGCGGCAAGGAACCACACUGCCUAGCUGCCUGUGGUGGUUUGAUCAAAAACGUCACAGUUGGCCGGAUCAUCUCUCCAGGUUUUCCCAGCAACUACAGCAACAACCUGACCUGCCACUGGCUGCUGGAGGCCCCCGAGGGCCACAGGCUUCAUGUCCACUUUGAGAAGGUGGCGCUAGCUGAGGAUGAUGAUCGGCUGCUGAUCAAAAAUGGUAACAGCAUAGAUGCAGCUGCCCUGUAUGAUUCAUAUCAGGUGGAGUAUCUUCCCAAUGAAGGUCUGCUCAGCACAUCCAGGUAUCUCUUCGUUGAGCUAAUAACAGACGCUACAGGCACAUCUACUGGCAUCGCCAUCCGAUACCAAGCCUUUGCAGCGGGCCACUGCUACGAACCCUUCGUUAAGUACGGUAACCUGACCAGCAGCGACAACAGUUGGGCAGUAGGAGCUGUGGUUGAGUUUGCCUGUGACCCUGGCUAUACUCUGGAACAGGGGUCCAUCACCAUCGAAUGCAUGGACCCCAACAACCCCCAGUGGAACGAGACCGAGCCUGCCUGCAGAGCUGUGUGUAGCGGCGAGAUCACAGACUCAGCAGGAGUGGUGCUGUCUCCGAACUGGCCCGAAGCCUACGAUAAAGGCCAGGACUGUAUCUGGGGAAUCCAUGUGGAGGAGGACAAGAGGAUCAUGGUGGACAUUCAAGUGUUGAACAUUGGGAAGAAUGACCUGGUGACCUUUUAUGAUGGAGAUGACCUAACAGCUAAAAUUCUGGGUCAGUAUGGAGGAUCGAAACCCAGAUUUAAGCUCUACACCUCUACCGCAGACCUCACCAUCCAGUUCCAGUCCGACCCGGCAACCAACGUGUACGGCUAUGGCAACGGCUUCGUAGUCCACUUCUUUGAAGUAGCUCGGAACGACACCUGCCCUGAGCUGCCAGAGAUCUCUAAUGGCUGGAAGAGUACAUCUCACCCUGAGCUUGUUCAGGGCACCGUGGUGACCUACCAGUGUUACCCUGGUUAUCAGGUGGUUGGCGCCGAGCUGCUCAUGUGCCAAUGGGACCUCACCUGGAGCGGCGACCUACCCAGCUGUGAGAGAGUGGUGUCCUGCCCUGACCCUGGGAAGGUGGAGCACAGCAGGCGGGUGCUGUCUGGUUCCCACUUCACCGUGGCUUCAACCAUCCAGUACAUCUGCGACAAGGGCUUCACUCUGUCUGGGAACAGUCUCCUCACCUGCUUCAACCGAGGGUCCUCAGGCCCCAAGUGGAAUCAGAAGCUGCCUCAAUGCCUACCUUGUUGGAGCUCCGGACAGUGUGAGCUGGGUUGCUGCGGGUUGAAGACUCAUUCUGGCGUCACUCUAUCCCGCCCACUUUGAAAGAAUGUCUCUGCUAUGCUCGUCGAUGAUCGCCAAGCUCUCCUCCACCUAAGACCCUCACUGGAGUUUAUACUGCUGCCCAAACCUACAUCUGGCAACCGUAAAUCGACUCCCCCCCCUCUACUGUCAGAUAUUCCCACCUACCUGCGCCGGUUGCCCUGCAUCCUGCCUCACCGAAAGCGCUUUAGACGACGGGGAAAGCGUGGUGGUGCGCUUGUCCAUCAAAAAGUACACCUGACGGCUUCUCCUGGGACUUAUCCACGCAUCAGAUGUCAUGGCCCUCCCGCUGCAUGCCAUGUGAGGGAUCGAUGGAUUCGCCCUGUCUUUCCGGAGCUGCGGCCUCUGCUGGGCCCGCUGGCAGCUCCUCCUGCCCGACUGACUGCUCCCGGUCCACGCGGCGUUCAACACGCACAUCUUCGUCCUCUAAGAGGCACUACACCUUCGGCACCUCCGGAGAGAAAACUCUGCAUGGCUUUGCUAAACGCUAGGUCAAUAGCAAACAAGACGUUCCUGUUAAAUGACUUCUUCACCUCUCGUGAUCUGGAUUUGAUGUUCCUGACGGAGACCUGGGUCCACACUGGCGAGUAUGUACCGUUUUCUGAACUUCUUCCUCCUGACUGUACUUUCUUCAGCUCCCCCCGUACCACCGGCCGUGGUGGGGGCAUAGCAUCAGUGUUUAGAGCUAAUCUCCAAUGCCGAUUGCUUCACCCUGUAACUAGCUAUGCUAGCUUCGAGUUGCAGCUUUUUGAGCUGAACCCGGCCUCGCCUAUACUCUGCGCAGUUGUGUAUCGUCCACCAAAGUCCAAUAAGGAUUUCAUAACUGACUUUUCUGACUUUCUGUCCGGGAUCAUGGUGAAAUAUGAUCGUGUUUUGAUCUGCGGAGACUUUAAUGUCCAUGUGUGCUGCGAGUCUAAACCUCUGGUUAGGGACUUUUUAAAUCUCCUCGACUCUUUUGGUCUCAUUCAGUCCGUGGCUGGUCCAACGCACGAUAAAGGACACACCUUAGAUUUAGUAUUAUCGUUUGGACUGUCUAUCUCUGUGGAUGAAAUCUGUGCAGCAACGCGUAUCUCAGACCAUUUACCGGUUCUGUUUACAACCUCGAUCCCUUCUGCGGGAGUCGAAUCACGUCCUCCUGCACGUUGUCUGCGUUCAAUUAACUCCUUGACUGCCUCACAGUUUUCAGAUGCUUUUAAUGCUUCUCCGAUCUGUAAAUUAGAGGUGAACUGUGCUCUUAGUGCUGAUGAGCUUAUCUCCAUGUUUGAUUCGACAUGCACACUAAUACUGGAUUCCGUUGCUCCUUUUACGCUUAGACGCACCAAAGUUAUUUUAGAGCCGUGGCUCAAUGAUUGUACUCGCACUCUUAGACGGGCUUGCAGGCGUGCAGAAAGAAAAUGGAAAAAGGAUAAACUCCAUGUCUCCUUAGAAAUCCUUCGUGCUUGCCUUUCCGACUACCAGAUGGCAGUCAAAGCAGCCAAAACAGAGUAUAUUUCUCUGUUAAUCUCUAAAAACAGCCAUAAACCUCAAGUUCUUUUUAAUGUCCUCAACUCGAUCAUUAAUCCUUGUGAUGCUUCUCCAAUUGUGCCAUCGACUACUCUCUGCGAUACAUUUCUUACAUUUUUUAUCGAAAAAGUAUCAGCUCUUAGGCUAGCCCACACUAGUGCUACCCCAGAUGCUGCUCCUUUUCUGUGCCCUGCUGUCCUCGACCACUUUGAGCCUGUAUCCCUCGCUUCUCUCUCGGAUAUAGUCAAGCACCUGCGGCCGACAAACUGCACCUCAGACAGCAUUCCCUCUCGCUUCCUUAGAGAUGUUUUUGAAUCAGUUGGAGCAAGUGUUUU